AUAUUGUUAAGACCGAACUGCCCUCUAUAGUUCAUUUCCUUCGCUAAUACAAUGAAAUUAUCUUUCAUGCCUAUUGAUUGGUGCAUAUAUCGUCGAUUACGAUUGGCUGUAAGAAAUUAGACUCGUGCGUUUCUACAUCAAGGUUUACUCUCCGCGUUCUAGUGGUAAUUGCAAAUGGAGGAAAAUGUGUAUAUAAAAUUAUUUAAUUGAGCCAUUUCAAAAGUCGUGUUUUAAUUUGCUUCAAAGGGAAAGGAUCUAUAAAAUGAUAUAUAGUGUUCUUUUUUAUUAAACUCUUAUAACUUAAUCUGAAACAUCAUAAUGAUGCGAUUCUUGACGUUUUCUGUUCAAAUUAAACAACAUGUACAGUUAUAUUUGUGUUAUCAUCAAUCAAGAAAGUGAUUUCAAUGAAUAAUCUGAUAAGAUUACAAAAGGGAACCAAUAAAUGUCAACCUCAAAAAUAUUGUACAAAUUCUUAUUCAUCUCUUAAUAAAGGAUGUCAAGAUGCUGUACAGUUAAGUAACUUUGAUUUUGUAAACAAAUGGUUCUAUCCAUUUCCUUUUUAUAAUAGCUUACAACUGUCACAAUUACCUCCCACAAUCUGUGCAUCCAGUCAAUAUUUUUCAUCUUAUAACAAUAAUACAUACAUGGAAGAAGAACAAAGGAAUUAUUUUAAGAAAGAAAGAAAGAAUUUAUCAGAGACAUAUUUUUCAGAAAGCAGUUCUUUUCAACAAACAAAUGAAAAAUUACAGCAAAUGAAUCCCAAUUUUUCCAUCACUAGUACUGGUCUUCCAGUUAGAACUUUUCAUGCAGAAACUUCAAUGAAUGAACAGGUUGAUUUAAAUGAACAAGCAUUAAGGGCUAAAAAAGAAAAAUCAUCAGUAAGACAUGAAGAAACAAAACGAUCACAUAAAAGGCGAGCAAAAAAUAAAAGACGUUCAAGAAAAAGAAGAAGAAAAGAAAGUUUAAAAGAUUAUACAGAUAAUCAAGAUUCACAUUCUCAUCAUAUGGUUGCUGCUGCUUCUAUUAUUCCAACUUCAUCCAACCAGCUAAACUCUCAUUUCAUCACUGAAAAUCUCUGUAGAUCAAUUCGCCAUCUCCGUCAAUGGCAAUACACUUCAUAUGGAAAAAGGCAUUUAUAUUCACGAAGGCAUGGAUUAGAAUUCACAUUAAUGUCAUAUAAUAUAUUGGCGCAAAAAUUGCUGGAGGAUAAUAGCUUACUAUAUUGUCAUUGUGAACCUAACAUUUUAGAUUGGGAAUAUCGUAGCAAAAAUCUCCUUCAGGAAAUUCAAGAAUUGCAAUGUGAUAUAAUAUGUCUUCAGGAAGUCCAAGAUGAUCAUUAUUACAACUUAUUUAAACCAUUUCUUGAAAAUUUAGGAUAUUACUGUCUAUAUAAGAAAAGAACAAGUACCAAUAAAUGGGAUGGAUGUGCCAUUUUCUUCAAAACAAACAUGUUUAGUUUAGUUGAUUAUCAUUUAGUUGAAUUUUAUCGACCUGGAAUACCUCUUCUGGAUAGAGACAAUGUAGCUAUAAUUGCAUUAUUAAAACCUAACUGUGUUCCAACUACCAGUGAUUUGAAACUUUGUAUAGCUACCACACAUCUUUUAUUCAAUCCAAGAAGAGGAGAUGUUAAAUUAGCACAGAUUAGAUUAUUAUUAGCUGAAUUAGAUAAGAUAGCUUUUAAAAGAGUAUCAUCAAAUAAACAACCUAUUUAUUAUCCUAUAGUAAUGUGUGGGGAUAUGAAUAGUGAGCCAUUUUCUCCUUUAUAUAAUUUUAUCAGUAGAGGAAAAUUAGAUUGCAGAGGUUUAAUGAGUGGUGAUAUAUCUGGACAAAAAGAAGGAGCAAGAAAAGGACAGAAAUUAGAUUUUGAUCAGUUAUUGCAUCCAGAACUAGACAUAAAUCAAAAUACUCAGUAUGAAGAAAUUUUUGAAAUUAGAUAUAAAAAAGAUAAUGUAGAACCAGUACAUAAUUUAGAUGAGGAUAAUGCAUGUUCAAUUAAAACUGAUGAUGCUGGAUUAAAUGAAGAAAAUAAACUUAAUCUUUUAGGAACAAAUUGUAAUUUAAUGAAUAAUUCUAAUGAAGAAAAAGAUGAAAAAAAUAUACAGAAUCAAAUAUCUAAUAAUAGUAUUGUUGAAGAUAAUUCUAUCAUUAGAGAAAUUAAUACAAAAGCUAAUAUUACAGUUUCAUCUGACUUAAUGUCAAAUUUAAAAGCAUCUUUAAGUUAUCCAUUUGAGUUACCAUUUCCAAAAUAUAUUCAACAUCAUAUUAAAUUUUUAUCAACUUAUAAACAUUUCUGUGCAAAAGGAUGUCGUGAAAUUACAACACAACACACACGAGCAAACUGUACAGUAGAUUAUAUAUUUUAUUCAGUUAAAGAUAAAUAUUCAUUUAUAAAAAAUAAUAAGUUGGAACACAAAUAUGUAACAGAAGGGGCUCUUCGACUUCUUGCUUGUUACCGUUUGUUAAACGACACAGAAGUGAAAGAAGUAGGUGGAUUACCAAAUGCUUGUCAACCAUCAGAUCAUUUGUCCUUAGUAAAUAAAUUUUUACUAAAAACUGAUUAUGACAUUUAACUUGUUUUAAGAAAAUGUAUCAAGAUUAAUAAAUU